UCGACGUGUUUGGGUGGAGGAGAGAAAAAGGCAGAGGAGAGCGCAGCGCCUCAGUGUGCGGUUACGCACAGAUGCAGAGAGGUGAUGGUUACAAGAGAUGUUAAGUGGCGUCUGCCUCGGCUCUCCAGGGCUGCAUGCUUUGGCUGAGAGAGGCGUGGCGCCCUCUGCCCCCCCACACCGAGAACCACCUGUAUGGAUGAGCGGACCUCUGGCGGGAUCCAGUCGCCCUCGUCUGCCGGGAUCAGGGGCCACAGUGCGUCCGACAGCCGGGGUUAUGCCUCAGUGGAGAAGGGCGUCAUGACGGUGGAGAACAUGCUGGAGGAGUCAGCCGUGCACCCGGUGCCUCACCUGACCGUGGAUCGAUACGAGCGCGGCCGCCAGGGAUGCUGCGAGAGGGUGGUGGUCAACAUCUCGGGUUUACGCUUCGAGACGCAACUUAAAACUUUCAACCAGUUCCCAGACACGCUGCUGGGGGACCCGAGGAAGAGGAUGCGCUACUUUGACCCACUGAGGAAUGAGUACUUCUUCGACAGGAACAGACCCAGCUUUGAUGCCAUCCUGUACUUCUACCAGUCAGGGGGGCGCAUACGGAGACCUGUCAACGUCCCCAUUGAUAUUUUCUCCGAGGAGAUCAGGUUUUAUCAGCUGGGGGAGGAGACCAUGGAUAAAUUCAGGGAGGAUGAAGGGUUUAUAAAAGAAGACGAGCGCAUUUUGCCCAAAAAUGAAUUCCAAAAGCAGGUUUGGCUUUUGUUUGAGUAUCCUGAAAGCUCGGGGCCGGCCAGAGGGAUCGCCAUCGUCUCAGUGCUCGUUAUUCUGAUUUCUAUCGUCAUCUUCUGCAUGGAGACUCUCCCGGAAUUUCGGGAUGAGAAGGACCGAGCCACAGUGGCACCCACGGUCAAUGGCACAGCACCCUACGUGCCAAGCCCGUUCACAGACCCCUUCUUUGUGAUAGAGACCCUGUGCAUCAUCUGGUUCUCCUUCGAGUUGCUGGUGAGAUUCUUCUCCUGUCCCAGCAAAGCUACCUUCUCCAAAAACAUCAUGAACAUCAUUGACAUCGUCGCCAUAAUCCCCUACUUUAUCACCCUGGGGACGGAGCUGGCCGAGCAGCAAACCAACAGCGGCCAGCAGGCGAUGUCCCUCGCCAUCCUGAGGGUCAUCCGACUGGUGCGGGUCUUUCGCAUCUUCAAGCUGUCCCGACACUCCAAGGGACUUCAGAUUCUGGGUCAGACUCUCAAAGCCAGCAUGAGGGAGCUCGGCUUGUUGAUCUUUUUCCUUUUCAUCGGAGUUAUCCUCUUCUCCAGCGCGGUUUACUUCGCAGAAGCGGACGACCCCUCGUCCAGCUUCACCAGCAUCCCGGACGCGUUCUGGUGGGCAGUGGUCACCAUGACCACGGUGGGAUACGGGGACAUGCAUCCGGUGACCAUCGGUGGGAAGAUAGUGGGGUCUCUGUGCGCAAUAGCGGGCGUGCUGACCAUUGCCUUACCCGUGCCCGUGAUUGUGUCCAACUUCAACUACUUUUACCACCGGGAGACGGACGGAGAGGAGAUGCCACAAUACAACACUGUCAGCUGCGAGCACCUCCCCGUGGAGGAGCUGAGGAGGUCGUGCAGCUCCUCGUCCCUCAGCAAGUCCGAGUACAUGGUGAUAGAGGAGGGCAUCAAACAGCCCAACCUCAGCACCGAGAACAAGCAGAACUGCGUGAACAUCAAAAAGAUCUUCACGGACGUGUAAAUGAGGCACGAAGGGGAAAUCUAUAAAUACUGAUUUUAUUUUUUUAACAUAGCCAGUCGUAAUGUGUCUGUCGAUAUCUGUGGAUGCACGUUGCCAAUGUCCCUUUUAACAAGCAUCUUGUCGUUUAUCUUUAAAUUUACACACGUGAGAAAUAAUAUCUCCAGUGUAUAUCCGCGUGUCUUUAGUAUUUCUAAGAGAUUGAGAAGUAUUCAAAAGUCAUCUGCACUGUAAAACGUAUUAAUUUGGGUCCAAUUAAAAACAUAUUUAAUGAACAUGUUUAGCUGCUUGUUAAAACUGAUAUUUCUCCAGUGAAGAUGCCAACAUAUCUGUGUUUAUGACUGGGAUACACGUGUAGACCAUCACUACACUAUUACUGCAUCUCACCCAUGAGUCCAAAAACUACGUCUUGUGCUUCGUGGAAAGAAAAAGUUUCAUUGUCCAGUAUAAUGUGAAAGAAUAGACUAUAUGGCAAUUUACAUAGCCAAAAAGCCUGUUUAGGUUAUAUUUAAUAUCAUAACCUGUCGACAUGUUGGAGUCUGAGUCUUGUGCAGAUCAUUAUUCAGGUAACAAACCGCACGGUGGUGUAGAUGGAAACGCGUAUCACCAAUAACACGUCAAGCUUUACGUAAAAGUUGUGGUUUUUAACUCAGAACUGCCCAUAUAGCUUAUAUUAAAUAAAACGAGUUAAGUUAUCUGGUACCGACUCAGAAUGUCAUUAUCAGCCUCAUGUCAGUGUAAAAUUCAGGGAACAACAAACGUUGUGAAUAACCGUGUGUGUGUGUGUGUGUGUGUGUGUGUGUGUGUGUGUGUGUGUGUGUGUGUGUGUGUGUGUGUGUGUGUGUGUGUGUGUGUGAGGUCACGUGGUGACAGGAUGCAAACACUGUGGAUCAUCGUCCCGCCCCCCUUGUGAUGCAGUCUCCAUGACGACGGUGGUUUCCUGGGUAACCCCCCCCUCUAACGUUGCCAUGGCAUUUUGUCGGGAGACUU